AAGCGCUUCGCUGGCGUUUUCAAUUUCAAUCCGAUUUAUAUUUAUAUAGUUAUAGAUUUAUAUAACAUUGACAAUGUCGCGAUUGUCUAGUUCCACACAUAGUACCAUAUAUCUGCUGAUUUUUCUGCAUUUCGUAUGGCUCCUGACGGCGACGGCGAUGCCUACGGCCAGCAGCAGCAGCAGCAGGUUGCCCCCGCUCGCUGCCACGCCCACCAGUGAUGGGACUACGCAUAUUGUGAGCUUUCUAAAUGGCAAGUCUGGCGCUGGGGCACGCAAGGAAUUUGAUUUUGAGCGCAACGAGGCGGAGUCCAUCAACUCGGUGCAUGUGCAACAGCUCUUUGGCAGCCUGUUGCAGUUGCAAGGACCCGGCAACAAUAGCCUGGACACGGAUGAUGCGCCUGUCAGCGAGCGCAAUACGCUGGACGAUGAGCUCAGCCUGGAUGGGGGGGUCGGUGAGCAGCACGAGAGCUCCACAGAGCAGCCGGAUGCCUGGCAUCGCAUCAAGCUGGCCAUACCGGUGCUGGAGCCGGUCAAGCAUCUGGUGAAUGCCGUUGGCGGCGGCGGGGUCAAUGAUACGCAUGUGCGCACCAAUUCGCACCGUUUGAUUGGGCACAGUGGGGUGCAUCAUGCGGUGCAUAGCAACAAUUCCUCGCCAGCGAUUGAGACUGAGGAGGAUCGCGAAGAGGCCAUCGAUAGCACGGGCUUCGAUUUCCUCGAAACGCUGGGCACGGCGGGUACCGUGCUCUGGGGCAUGCUCCAGAAUUUGAGAAAAUUGUUUGCGGCUAGUGCGGGCAAUGCCAGCACCGCCUUCUCCGGUGGUGCAGCUGGCGGUGGCGGUGGUGGGAAUGUUGGUACUGGUGGUGCUUCCUCGGCAAAUUAAAUUGUAAUUUCUGACAAUGGAAGUGGUCUUGUGUACUGUGAUUAAUAUUAGCGCUUAGCUUGGGGCAUUCAAUGUUCCUUCUUUUUAAUACUAAUGAAAUAUACGAAAAAU